AUGUUUGCUGAUGAACGAGGUGAAGUAUUGCCUCUGCUGUUGUUGUUGUGUCUCUACUGCAUUUCCGCAUUUGGCGGACGACGUGAUUCGGCGGAGCAUAUUGAGCAAGCAGCCGAGAAGAGGGCGUACAGUAUUCAUCGUAUUGAUACCUUAAUUUUAUUAAUUUUUGUUGCUUUGCUUGUUUUUAUUGUUCUUACGGCAUGGUUUUUCAAGCAUCAUCGCUUUCGGUUUAUCCAUGAAACCGGUCUUACAUUGUGUUACGGUUUAUUGAUUGGUCUAUUACUACGCUAUACAAAUAUUGGUGUGAUUGAAAGUCAGACAAUAGAUGUAAUGCAGAAGAAUAGAUCUGUCGUGCAUGACCCGCCGGAUUAUUUACGACUUGAGGUUGAACCGGCAAAAACACAGAAAGUACAGUUUCAUUAUGAACUGAUGGAAGGUUUUUUUGGAGAUAAGGAAAAACAAAGCGAACGACAUCUUGAACAAAAAGCUGUAUUUUCGCCGGAGAUAUUUUUUAACCUACUUCUUCCACCAAUUAUUUUCAAUGCUGGCUAUAGCUUAAAAAAACGACAUUUUUUUCGAAAUAUUGGCAGUAUUCUGACAUUUGCUUUCGCUGGCACAACUAUAUCAGCUGUAAUUUUUGGAAUAAUAAUGUAUUCGUUUUGUUGGUUGUUCUCUUCAUCAUUCACGUUCAAGGAACUUCUUUUUUUCGGCGCGCUGAUGUCAUCAACAGAUCCUGUAUCAGUAUUGGCUGUUUUCCAAGAGAUGGAAGUGGAAUCGGAUCUAUAUGCAUUGGUUUUUGGUGAAAGUGUACUGAAUGAUGCAGUUGCUAUUGUUUUGUCAAGUUCAAUGGAGAAUUUUGCAGCUUCGGAUAAAUCAUUCGAUUUGGAUGCUUUGGUUGCUGCUGUUAUUGACUUUUUAUCUGUUUUUUCCGGCAAUUAUUUUGUUUCUCUGUUCAUAUUGUUGCGAAAUCCUUAUUAUCUGAAAUACGAAGCUUGCUUUUUCUUUCGAAAUAUCGUGCUUCUUGCAGGAUCACUUCUAUUGGGUUCAGUUAUUGGUUGUGCUACAGCGCUGAUCACUAAAAUGACUGAAAUUAAGGAGUUUCCUUUGCUCGAAGCAGCUUUGUUCAUACUUCUUUCGUAUUUGUCAUUUCUUCUCGCCGAAUUUGUCGAACUAACAGGAAUUGUCGCUGUUCUUUUUUGUGCCAUAUGUCAGGCUCAUUAUACUUACAACAAUUUAUCAGAUGAAGCGAGAACUAGGACGAAACAAUUUUUUGAGGAAGUUUCAUUCUUGAUGGAAAGCUUCAUCUUUUGUUAUAUUGGAGUAAGUGUUUUCGUAUCGCACAGUCAGCAAUGGAGUAUUUUCUUUUUCCUUUGUACCCUGCUUUCUCUGUUUUUGUCAAGAGCGGCUCAUGUCUAUCCGGUCUCUGCCAUAUUAAAUAUUCGUCGAAAACCUAAAAUUCCACAGCGAUACCAACAUAUGAUGCUUUUUUCAGGAUUGCGUGGCGCUAUGGCUUUUGCACUUGCAUAUCGUAAUACAUCAACAGAUAAUCGUCAGAUUAUGGCUACUACUACUAGUAUGGUUGUGAUCGUAACUGUACUGUUCAACGGUGGUCUUACUUCUUGGUUCACUGAAUAUUUGGGCAUCAGGCAUGGUAAUGAUGCUCUUGAUGAUUCGCAAUUGCAGCUGAAUUUGGAUGACAGCCAUUUACAAGGCAUAGAUACAUCAUCGCGUGUCAGCGGACAAAAUCCAUGGGACAAAGCAUUCCUUCCUCGAAAAUGGUACAACUUUGAUGCAUCUUUUAUGAAGCCAUUCUUAACUAAUGCAAAUCCAACAUUAUUGGAGACAAUGCCAUCAUUUAUGGCACCAUUCGCGAAAAUAUUCACAACCAAGCAGCAGCUAACUAUGGUAUGUAUUGUUGAAGUGAUUAUUGGGUUAAGCUUUGUAGAAGAUUAA